AUGGCAGGCUCUGUCUUGCUUGAAUCUGACGACGAAUAUGGCUAUGAUCUUUCGGUGGAAGAUGAAACGUUGCUAAACCAGCUUAUUACCAACGUUCCCGACGCCGUAUCGACUUCGUCGCGCAACCCUACCAUUGCCGUCAUCGCUGCAGACCUGGGAAUCGACACUAUUAUUGAGGAGGAGUGCCGCCUAGACGAUGGUCCUGCCAGUUCCGUCUCUUACAAGAGGGCUGCCUUGGCCAAAUCGCCGUUGCAGCCCACUCAUAACAGUCGUCAGGCUGCUUCAGGUACCGUCGAGAAGAAGCCAAGAACCAGAUCUCCGUCGCCGCAUGGCGAACAUGUCGUCGGUUCCGCGGAUUUCACUGAUCUUACUGCCGGAACCUGGUGCGAACUACAGUACUUCUACACCCUUACUCGAUUGCCUUUUGGCCGGAAGACGCGGACGGCAGCAAUGAAGCAAGGGACCAAGGUGCAUCAAGACCUUGAAGACGAAGUACAUACGACAGUUCGCGUCGAGAUAGCCAGCAGAGUAGAUGGGUUUGGGUUACGGAUUUGGAAUAUAAUCCAGGGGCUUCGUACUCUGCGUGAAAUGGGUAUGACCCGCGAGCUCGAGGUCUGGGGGUUUGUGGACGGGAACCUAGUCAAUGGCGUCAUCGAUGGCCUUAGCUAUAAGGACCCAGAUCCAGAGUUGGCGGAACGGCUAAGGAAAGAGCCGGGAAGCCAGAACCAGGUCGCCAUCACUGAUUUCUUUCCAUCGAAGAAGCCUUCAAGAGGCAAGAUCCCUAGGGUCUAUCUAACAGAUGUAAAGACACGAGGCACAAAAAAGGUUCCCAAUAGUUCAUCCUUGCUGUGGCCUGCGAAGGUGCAGCUUUCCCUUUACCAGCGGUUCCUGUCAGAAAUGGCAGCAGACAAGUUAGAUUACCUCCGUAUCUUUCGACGUUACAACCUCGACCCAGACGAACCCUUCUCAGACUCGUUCAUCGCCCAGAUCGGGACCUUGCAUGAAGAGCUUUUUGAGGUUGAGUCCUCGGAUGAAGAGGAAUAUGUUCCACCAUCUUCUGGCCGAACCAAAAACGACAUAGAGUCGGACGCUGCGUCCGACCAUUCUACAUCAAAUUUCAUCAAAUACACAACGCUCCGCGAGGUCCUUCCCCUCCUUGUCUCGGAGCUGAAAGAGACCUUUCCCCACGGAUCGGAUUCCGUUGGGCGAUUGCUGGAGGUCGAGUACAGAUAUCGCGGCGACGGUUCGCUCAUUGCCAACCAGACCUUCACCAUGGAUGACCACGAGCUGGACCAUUACCUUGGUAAUACCAUGGAGUGGUGGAGAGCUGAUCGGGAACCCAAGGGCGUGCAAAUUGAAGAAGCGUACAAGUGCCGCAUGUGCGAAUUUGCCGACGACUGCACAUGGCGGUCAGCGAUGGAUGAGGAGAGGCUGCAAGCUGUGCGACAACGACUCGAGAGUCGCAGCAAGCAUGUCACUGCUAGUGGGAAAGUUCACCGCCCGGAAACAGGUGCCGUCUCCACAAUCGACGUCAUCUUCGGCACAAUGGCCAGAUCGCAAAAGGACCCUGAAAUUAUCGAGCUAGCUCGCACUUUGGAGAACACACCAUGGUGCGAGGAAUAUGAGAAGAUGAUUUCUGGCAUGAUGUACAACCCUGUCGACCCGAUCUUGAUCGAUGGUCGUCACCGCAGCCGCUGUCUGGCUCGGGAUUUCAAUGAAAUCGACCAUCGCAAGUACACGGCCGAUGAGGUCGGCGAGAAGAAGGCGGAAAUUCUCCAACGCAUGCUGGGAAAAGUCGGCGAGGGCACUUUCAUCGAAGCGCCGUUCAUUGCGGAUUAUGGAUGCAACGUCAUUUUUGGCAAGAACUGCUUUGCAAACUUCAAUCUUGUCACCAUCGGCGACCGUGUCCAGUUCGGCCCCAACGUGAGCAUCUAUGGCGCCGGCCACGACACGUCCGUUCUUUCACGCAUCAAGUUCGUCGAGUACGGUCUGCCAGUGCGCAUCGAGGAUGACUGCUGGAUUGGAGGUGGUGUGAUCAUUAUGCCUGGCGUCACUAUCGGCAAGGGCACAACGGUCGGAUCUGGAGCUAUUGUGACGAAGAGUCUCCCGCCGUAUUCCGUUGCUGUCGGAAGCCCGGCCAAGGUCAUCAAGACCCUGCAGACCGUUGAAGAGGAGUUGGCUGACCCGAAGAACCCGUACCGGGAUUUGCCUGGGAACUUGCCUGACAGAGAUUGA